GUUGCUACCACGUUACUAGACUUAGUGUUUUGCGUCUCUUUAAGCUGUAGAAAAUGUCAGAUACUUUUGAUUGUACAAAUACUCGUAUGAAUAGUGGGAAACAAAAGCAAAAGAACAACAUACUGAAAAACUUUGGUUUUCUAGUUCCUCACAUGUCUGAUUUUGAAUGUGAGUUGCAAGAACUUCUAAUCGAAAUUGAUAUGCUGAUUGAAAAAAAGAAAUGUGAUUGGCAGAAAGACCUACAUGUCCUCGAAAAAAAGUUAGCAGUGAAAGUUAAAGAAAAUAACAGGCUUCAAGACCUUGUUGGUGAAAAAGAAAAAGAUGUAAGGACAGUAUUUUUCAACUAAUGUUGUCACAGUUACAAAAAGCCAUCAUGCGUCUAAACUUAUUUGAAUCUAAACAUUCAAACACUGAUUGUGAGAAACAAAUUGAAGAGCUGAGUUGUAAGAUCGAUGCAAUGAAGGCGAGUUAUACUAAUCUUCAAAGAAAAUAUCAGAAACAAUUGAUUGCGGAAAAAAGUGACUUUUCGUCGCAUCUACAGAAUCUUGAAAAAGAAAAUGAAGCACUUAAAUCAGAUUACGAAAGACUGAGGCAAAAGAAUGAACAAACAAUUUCAUCAUUGAGACAACAGCUAGUUGAAGAGAAAAACUGCAGCCUUAGUAUCCAGAGACGCUGUGAUGAACUUCAGUCACAACUUGAAAGUAAAACAAAAGAAGAGGUGAAUCAAAAGAGCGUUACCGAAGAGUUAGAAAAACAACACAAACUAGCUCUGGGUGAACUUGAGAAACAGUUAGAAGAACAAAAGCAUACAAUAAAACAUCAGGCUGAAGAAUUAAUGAUUGCAAAGACAACACUUAAAAAUAAGACUUCUGAGAUUCAUCGUCUUUCUCAUGAAGCUGAAUUAAAGAAAACUGAUUUGAUUAAUUCUCAAAAAUCUGUUAAACGAUUAGAGAAAACAGUGGCAAGGCAUUUAAAUCUACUCUUGAGUCAAAAGCAGAAUUCAGCGUCUACUUCACCGUGUAAAAGUACAGGUGUCAUUUCACCUACUGCUGAUUCAUCGUCUAUUUUACCAAGACAUUUAGAACAACCUUCAGAGGAUCAAGAAGAAAUUAAUCAAAAAGUUCGAUAUUUAGAAAAGCAAUUGAAUGAAGCUAACAAUGCACUGAUAGAAAAGAUGCUAGAAAUUAGUCGAUUAGAGAAUACAUGUCAAACAGCAUCUGCAACAAUUCGUCGUUUAGUUGAAUCUAAAGCCUAUUCUACUGGACAAACUAAAUCAUUGGAGGCAUCUAUUCAUGAAGCGUGUGAAAGAGUUGAAAAUUUUGAAGGACAAUUAAUGAUAGUCGAAAAAGUGAGUUCAACUGUAUGUUGGUUAUUUUAA